AUGAAGUUCCUCAGCUGGAUGCAAAAUAAAAUCGGUGGGAAGCAAGAUAGCAGAAAACCAGACACAUAUAAAACUACUACUUAUGAUGGAAAGGAAGGUGGUCGAGAAGAAUUCAGCGAUUGGCCUGAUGGCUUGCUAGCGAUUGGUACCUUCGGAAAUAACAAUGAAGCAAAAAAGAAGCGAAUCUCUGCUACAGAGGAUCCAUCCUCCUCUCUGGAAAUACCAGACUUCUCUCCUGAAGAAAUCCGGAAGCUACAAAAUGAGUUGACUAAACUGUUGAGACAAAAACCCAAAGUCGAAAAGGAUAUCGCCCACCUUCCUCUCGACAGAUUUCUCAAUUGUCCAUCAAGCUUGGAGGUUGAUCGCAGAAUCAGCAAUGUACUUUGCACUGAAGAACAACAAGAAGAAGAACAUGAACAAGAAGAAGAUAUUGAGAAGACACUAAGUGUCAUACUCUGUAAAUUCAAAGAGAUUUGUGCAAAAAACAGUAAGAAAGCAAUUGGGAAGAAAUCAAUUUCGUUUUUGCUGAAGAAGAUGUUCGUUUGUAGAAGUGGAUUUGCUCCAACACCCGGCCUUAGAGAUACCUUUCAGCUACACGAGUCAAGAAUGGAGAAGCUUUUAAGGACAAUUCUUCACAAGAAAAUAAACUCCCAACAAUCUUCUCGGGCACUGUCUCUCAAGAAGCGUUUGGAGGACAGGAAGAAGAUGCGAAUAGAGGAUGAAGCAGAGGACAAAGCUGAGCCUGAAACUGAUGAUGGCUGUAAAUGGGUGAAGACUGAUUCCGAAUGUCAGUAA